CUCUCUCCCUCUCUCUCUAUGCAGUGAAGCGUGCUGGUCAUGUUUUCCUGGAUUGAACUGAACUGAACGGCAUGUGAUCUGUUCAUCGUGCACUGUCCUUCAGCGAGGAUGAUGAUGAUGGAUCUCGGCGGUCUCCUGAGCUCCGUCGCGCCGCUCUCUGCGCGCUCCCUCCUGCUGCUCUCUCUCGCCUUGCUGCUCCUCGCCAUGCGCUUCUCGCGCCGCCGCACCCAAAGCGCGCGCUCCAUCCCCGGUCCGUUCCCGUGGCCGGUGAUCGGUAACGCGGCUCAGCUCGGCGCCACCCCGCACAUCUACUUCUCACGCCUGGCGCGGCGCUACGGCAACGUGUUCCAGAUCCGGCUGGGCAGCCGGCGCGUAGUGGUGCUGAACGGCGACGCCAUUCGGCGCGCGCUCGUGCACAAGGCCGUGGACUUCGCGGGCCGCCCGAACUUCUCCUCGUUCAGCUUCGUGUCCGGCGGCCGCAGCAUGGCCUUCGGCGACUACGGAGAGCGCUGGAAGGCGCACCGCAAGCUCGCGCACUCCACCGUGCGCGCCUUCUCCACGGGGGACAUUCACACGCGCCGCGCCUUUGAGGCGCACGUGCGCGGCGAGGUUCAGGAGCUCAUCGGGCUGGUCGUGCGCGAGACGCGCCGCCUCGGGUACUUCCAGCCUCACGAGUACCUCGUGGUGUCCACGGCCAACAUCAUGAGCGCCGCGUGCUUCGGCAAGCGCUACGCGUACGACGACGCCGAGUUCCGCCAGAUUGUGGGGCGCAACGACAAGUUCACGAAGACGGUGGGCGCGGGCAGCAUCGUGGACGUCAUGCCGUGGCUACAAAGCUUCCCCAACCCCAUCAAGACGCUCUUCCUGCAGUUCAAGGAGCUCAACUACGAGUUCUUUGACUUCGUCCACGCCAAGGUGACCGAGCACCGCAAGACCCUGGAGAAGGGCUUCAUCCGGGACAUAACGGACGCCUUUAUUGUGGCCGUGGACCGAGGCGCGGUCAGCCUAGUCCUCGGUCAGGAGUACGUGUCGCCCACCAUGGGGGACAUCUUCGGAGCCAGCCAGGACACGGUGUCCACCGCGCUGCAGUGGAUUGUUCUCGUGCUUGUGAGGUAUCCAGACAUUCAGAAGAGACUUCAGGAGGAAGUGGACAAAGUAGUGGACAGGAGCUGCCUGCCUACAAUUGAGGACCAGCCACGUCUUCCAUAUGUAAUGGCCUUCAUGUAUGAGGUGAUGCGAUUCACAAGUUUUGUCCCUGUGACAGUUCCCCACUCCACCACCACUGACACUUCCAUUGAUGGAUACCACAUCCCCAAAGGCACUGUAAUCUUCAUCAACCAGUGGUCCCUGAACCAUGACCCCACUAAGUGGGAUCAGCCUGAGAUCUUCAACCCACAGCGCUUCUUGGACAAGAAUGGGGCACUAAAUAAAGACCUAACCAGCAGUGUGCUGAUCUUCUCCUUGGGAAAGCGGAGAUGUAUUGGAGAAGAACUGUCCAAAAUGCAGCUUUUCCUCUUCACCACGCUUCUCGUACACCAGUGCAACUUUGUGGCAGAGAAGCCACUCACUAUGGACUACCAAUAUGGGCUGACUCUAAAGCCCAACCCAUUUAAAGUGUCCGUCACUCUGCGUGAUGGAAUUUCUGGAGACGGUGGUCCAAUCACCUCUCCCAGCACAGAACAUUAGUGAUAAGAUGACAAAUGGCGUCGCAAACUUGAAAUGAAAACAAAAUGAAAACAAAAUGAAAAAAACACUUUAAAUUAUGCUAAAUGAAGGUGGCAAAAAAGUACUAUGAACACUGAAGUAAAUCUGAAGAUCUGUGCCGUCAGGUCAGACCUACUGCAUGUAUACAAGAACUUAUUAAUAUAUUUAUGAACAUUCUAUACUCAGGCAAAACUAUUUUGAUUUACAGUUGAUUUGCGCUGCAUCACUAUGGACUACAUUAAUACGAUGUUCAUUAUAUUCUCAACAUAUAAAUGCACUGAUACAUUAUUCACAAUUCCUUAUGCCUUAUUUGAGAGACAUAAAACAAAAUGUAGAUCUUUGUGCCAAUCGAAUGUGUCCAAUCAAAUGGGGCUGCAAUACGCUACUACUUUCUGCACUGAUAUCCUUUAUACACCCUUCAUUUUCUAAGCUCGGUAGACCUCUAAGUAGCAAGGCUACUUAGAGCUACUACUACUGGAACUUGUAUACAGCUUCACCCUGUAUAAUAAUAGCAAUGUAUCACUUUCGAUAUCCCCUUUCCCUUCUGUAUUUUUUUUCUUAAAUUAAUUUUAUGUCCAAUUCAACAUCGAUGGUCCUUUUACUUGCACGCAGUUGACUUACUAUGGGCAGUUUUCCCAGCUGCUCCCAUCCAAAUAGUUUUAAUGUCAGUUCUGCCAGAAAGAUGCAGGAGGCAAGAGUGAAAGAGGACAGUUUUUCAUGUCCUCAAUGGGAUUUUACAAGUUCAGUAGAAAUAAAGAGUCUUUGGCACAGGCCCUGUCCUCUGUCCAGGUUUUGGAACGUCGAGACCUCGACGAUUCUGCUGGAUAGAGAUAGCAAGGGGUGGAGCCCACCCCUGGACAACCAGACAGGGACCCAGCUGGUGGUGGUGGGGAGGAAGGAGGGGAACGUCAAAAUGUGGUACCUGAAAGCAGCAGAAUAGGUACGUUAGACAAGUCAUUUUGAAGAGGUGAAGGCCCCUGAUUGGUCUGGAGUAAUGAAUGAAUGAAUGAUGUAGGAUUAGAGUCUUCCUGGCAGAACUUUCACUAAAGCUUUAAAAGCUAAAAAACUAAUGACUUAGCUAAACCAUGCUACUUCUCGGACUAAUUCAGCCAGUUCCUCUUUUCUCUUCUUUAUACACCACAUAGAUCUACAAGCUAGAGCAAUAUAUUUAACAUGUUGUGAUUUAUA